AUGAAGGUUACAAUGAACUGCCAAAAAUGCAGAGCUGAAGCCAUGAAAGUUGCUGCCAAAACAGACGGUGUGACAUCCGUGGCAAUAGAGGGUCCGGAUAAAGACAAGAUGGUGGUGGUGGGAGAUGAUAUUGAUACGGCGUCGUUGAGUCUUGCCCUGAAGAAAAAAUUAGGUCACUCCGUCAUCCUCACCGUGGAAGAAGUAAAACCAAAGCCUCCUGAAAAGAAACCAGAAGAAAUUAUUAAGGCACUUUACGAAUAUUGGCCUCCACCUCCAUAUCGUCCCUGUCCAAUCUACUGUUCUGAAAUUUACAGUGAACCUCAGCAAUCAAAUUGCUCUUUGAUGUGA